CCUUCCUUUCGACCAGCUCUUUAGCGAAUUCACAUAUUAAAGUAACCGAGGAAAACCGGCCAGACCACUGUUGUUAUUCGGUUGAGUUUUGUUUAGGAGUGGGUGUAUGUUCCUGCUUAUUAGUAUGCAAUUGUUAAAGAAUUGAGAGUGUUUGAUUAAAAAAAACACAAUCACUGACACUUAAGGCGCGUGGGUGAGAACCCGUGCGUUUAGCCUAUUCUUUCAUUCUCAAAGGACGAAGAACAAAAACGAAACAAACAAAAAAAUAAAAAGAAGAAAAGAAGAAAUUAUUUCUAAAGGACUAUUAACAAUAAUGGCCUUUUUAACAUUUUGGAACUACUGCCUCCCCAUUCUCGUCGUUCUCCUCCUAUCCUUUGUACGCACAGUUCGAAGUCAGGCGGUGCAGGCGGAGAACGUGACGGUGCUGGAGGGGGGCACGGCGCAGAUCUCCUGCCGGCUGCAGAACUACGACGGCUCCAUCGUGGUCAUCCAGAACCCCCGCAGGCAGACGCUCUUCUUCAACGGCACCCGAGCGCUGAAAGACGACCGCUUCCAGAUGGUCCUCUUCACUCAGCGGCUGGUGCGCAUCACCCUGAGCAACGUCAGCGUGUGGGACGAGGGCGGCUACUUCUGCCAGCUCUACACGGACGACACGCACCACCAGGUGGCCACGCUGACCGUCAGCGUGCCCCCCGAGGUGCCCACCGUGGAGGUGAAGACGGAGGCGGUGGAGGGGGGCGAGGUGGAGCUGGUCUGCCUGUCCCCGCGCAGUAAGCCCCCCGCCACGCUGCGGUGGAUGCGCGACCGACGCGAGAUCCAAGGGGUGGUGACGCAGCAGGACUACGGGAAGACGUACAGCGUUUCCAACACCAUCACCAUCCCGGUGACGAUGCGGGACAACGGCGCGCAAGUCAGCUGCGAGGCCUCCCACCCCGCCCUGGGGACGCAGCGGAAGGUCCGGCACUACCGGCUGGACGUGCACUUUGCCCCCACAGUGAAGAUCAUCCCACCCCCGGGAAUACUCAGGGAGGGGGACUCCCUCAGCCUCUUCUGCUCUGUCACCGGAAACCCUCUGCCGCGGAUCGUGCAGUGGUCCCGGGUGAACGACACCCUCCCGGAGCGGGCGGAGACGGUGGGCCCCACCCUGACCGUGUCCCGGCUCAGCCAGGCCCACAACGGGACCUACCUCUGCCAGGCGCACAACAACUACGGCCGGGCCGCCGACCACUACACCCUGCUGGUGUACGAGCAUGUGUCUGUCACUCCCACGGCCCCUCCCACGGCCCCUCCCACUUCCCAUCCCGCCGCCUCAGUCCCUGCCUCCCUAACCCCAGUCGGUGCCAUGGACCCCAGAGAUCCCGGCGCAGUGGUGGAGACCCAGAGUGCAGUACCCUACGCCGUAAUAGGGGGCGUCCUCGCGCUGCUGGUCUUCACCAUCAUCUGCGUGCUCAUCGUCACCAUCUGGUGCUCCGUCAGGCAGAAAGGCUCGUACCUCACCCACGAGGCCAGCGGCCUGGACGAGCACGGCGAGGUCCAGGAAGCCUUCCUCAACGGCAACGACACCCGGGAGGGCAAGAAGGAGUAUUUACUGUAGCGCCCUCUGCUGGCGGGCCUCCUUCGACUGCGACCGCACGACGGCAUUCUCCACACCACACACCGCAAGACUGUCAAAAAGGGGAAAGGAUGGACGAUCCACCUGUCACAAUUGUGCCAUAUAAAGGGAAGGGGAUGCAGACAUUGUGAGAGGAUGAGGGAGAGGGGAUGUUUUUUUGUUUAUUUAGUUUUUGUUUUUUUUCGUUGUUUUUGCGAAGGACAGAAAGUAGAUGAGAAAGAAAACAAUCCCAACCCGUGCACUGUGCUUAGCAGAGCGAGACCGACUGAGAGAAAAACGUUUGAAUCCGGCGCACAGAGAAAACCGCUUAGUCAGAACGCAGCACACAGUCCACAACCUGCCGAGAUCGCGGACGGCAGCGGGAAGGCGGGGCCAGGGUGGGGGGGGGGGGGGGUCUGCAUUGUAAGGUACUGGAUGAGUGACAUAAGAAAACUGAAAUAUUUUAACUGCCGAAGCCACUGAGCCACUAAGACAAAAACCCGCAUACAUCAUUUUGACAAUAAACCAGAGCGCCGCGCUGGCGACUCAUUGAGUGUACGUGUAAGUGUAAGGCCUCCCUGUAUAUUUACUGAGUCGUCCGUAUCCUGGGCAGAGACUGCCAUCAGCACUAGCCGCUGUGAGGUCCUCACUGUAUUCUCUCUCAGUCCGUCCUCUGGAAAUAUUUGUACUACUGAAGUAUUUUCUCUUUCCCUCUUUCUCUUUCUGUCUCUCUCGCCCUUGUGAUCUCUCUCCCAUUGUUUGCUAGUAGUUGAGGGGUUGUAUUGUCUCUCCUCACGAGUGAAAGGGAAAAGGGGGUGAAGCACUGAUAAUUGUGGAAGAAAUAUUAUUUUAGAUUCUAUUAUAAGAGAAUUAAAGGCUUGAAUGAAACACCACACUGAGGGAAUAGACAAGCUGGAAGAACAAGACAAAAGGUUGUUUUUUUUUUUGAGUGCUACAAAACCGACAAAAUACAGUUACACAAUGAUACAUAUCUCUGAAAUUAAAUGUUAUUUGUAUAAAAAAGUGACGAGAACAUGAAACGAAUCUUUUAAAAAAAACAACAAAAAAAUAUUUACUUUGGAACGUAUUAUGAAGCGAUGUUAUUAUACUAACACAGAAUAUCAGAAUAUUAGCCUAGCGGUGCAAAACCGAAAAAAUACUGUUCAGUGAUCUUUGGAAAAAACAAAAGAAAAUGGAAAAAAAAAUCAUUUCAUUUUGUCAUUAUGAAAUACCUGAGGUCUUACUGGUUUUUAUUAAUUAUAAUUAUUAUUUUGACUAUUACGAUUGUUGUUAUUGUUAUUAUUACUGUUAUUAUUAUUAUUGUAAUUGUUAUUAAUUGUAUACACUUCCCAUGUUUGUUUUUUCUGUAGAAACUGCUAUCCCUCCUUUCUCUCUCUCUCUCUUCCUUUCCUCUCCUCUUUCUUCCUGUUUCUAUCCUUGUCUGUCCUCUGUGGCGGUCCGUGUCUGUCUCUUCCGCUCUGUCUUUUACUCUCCUCUUUAAUUUGUAGUCCCUGCGUCGCUGUUGAUAUAGCUAACUGUAUUUCUUUAUAGGGGAAAGAUACAAAGCACGAUAAAAUAAAAAGGACUUUAAAAUAA